AUGUUGAGGUCCGAGUUUACAAUUGUAUCCCUAUUAUGGCUGUACGUCGUCGUUUUGGUUUUCCGGCCACAAUUCCCGAUCUGCAACGCCGACAUCGGCAGCGCCAGCCGCUACUCGCCUCCGUAUACGCCGACGGCGUGUCACGGCGAGGAUCCUGGUCAGUUCCCGACGAACAGGCUGUUUGCGGCGGCCGGCGAGGAUAUAUGGAAUAACGGCGCCGCCUGCGGGCGGCAGUACAUGGUGCAGUGCAUCAGCUCGGCGUUGCCGCCGGCCUGCGUGCCCAACCAGACGAUCCAGGUGAGGAUUGUGGAUCGGGCCCAAACCUCGGUCUCACGGCCCGAAUACGAAGGAGCCACCCUUGUCCUGUCCACUGUAGCAUUCGCCGCCAUUGCCAAUCCCAGAGUCUCCAUCGUCAACAUCCAGUUUGAACAGUGA